CUUCUGGGGAAGAGUUCAUUAGAAAAUAGCAGAGUUGGAAACUUCAUCGUGAGAAGAUCAGUGUUUGAAAUUGGAGAUCCUCCAGAUGAUGUUGAGCAGCGCGUUGAGAGAGUCAGAGGAAAACUAGAGGACAAACACAUCACAGUCAUCAACAAUCCUUACCUGCUUCAGUUAAACCUCACAGAUCUUCAGAUCAGUCAUGGAGUGAAAGAGUGUUUAUCUCUGUCUGCUCCUGGACCUCAUGUCAUCAUCCUCAUACUACAAUAUCAUGACUUCAGUGAGGAAGACAAAAACAAAGUGAAAAAUAUGCUGAAGAAAUUCAGUGAACAAGCGAGUAAACGCACAAUAGUGCUAACAUAUGAAGACAGAGAGAGUGAAGAACAGAGAUGUGACUCUAUUCAUCACUUAAUAAAGCAAUGUGGAGGUGGACAUCUUCAGUUUGAUGAAAGAAAAUCAGGAUGGCACUUCGAGUUAUAUCAAAGGAUUAAGAAGAUACUUGAGGAUGAAGAGGACACAUUUCUUAUCUGUGAAGUGUAUGAGGAUCUUGAAGAAGCAACAUCUGGACAUUUAGACAAAGCAAACAAAGCUAAUGAGAAUCCUUACCACAAUGAAGAUGGAAAUCAAGGCAAUAAUGCAGAGAAUAAAGAAGUUGUUGUCCAAAGGAACAAGUUGGUUAACAGAAGGCGGAGAAGUCCAUCUGGUGAUCGCCCUAAUAUGUCAGAGAGAAUCAACACUUUGCCAAAGCUGAAUGUUGUUCUCUGUGGAAAUGACAGCAGAUUAAAAUCUUCAGUAUUAAGCCUGAUCCUGAAUCAGACUGAGAGAAGAUCAGAGCCAGAAGAUGAAGAGAUGAGAAGCUCAGAUUGUGUGAGGUUGAAUGGUGAAGUGUGUGGACAUCUGAUGACUUUGGUGAAGCUUCCAGCUCUGUUUAACCCUCGACUCUCAGAUGAAGAAAUAAUGCGUCAGGCUCUCAGCUGUGUGUCUCUCUGUGAUCCUGGAGUUCAUGUGUUUCUCUUCAUUAUUGAUGAUGAUCCACUGACUGAUGAAGAUAAAACAGAAACAGAGAAGAUUCAGAGAAUAUUCAGCUCAAGAAUCAACAAACACACCAUGAUCCUCAUAAUCCAGAAAUCAGAGAACAGAACAGCAGAAAUAAAUGAAGAAAUGAAGUCUGUGGUUGAGAGUUUUGGAGGAAGACAUGAGUUUCUCUGUAUUAACACACCACAGUCCAUGUUGAUGGAGAAACUGAUGCAGAUGAUGGAAGAAAACAGCAGAAGUUUUUACUCCACAGAAACAUUUUGGGAUGCACAGCUGGAGAAACUUCUGAAAUUUGAAGAGAUGAAAAGGAAACAGAUUCAGACACAAGAUGUAAGAGAUUAUUCAGAUGAUGUGAGGAUUGUCCUGCUGGGAAAAACUGGAGUUGGGAAGAGUGCAACAGGAAACACAAUCUUAGGGAGAAAAGCAUUCAAAUCAAACAUAUCACAAGGGUCCAUUACUAAAGAGUGUCAGGGAGAAACAGCAGAAGUUUACAGCAGAUACAUCACUGUCAUUGAUACUCCAGGACUGUUUGAUACUGAACGGAGUCAAGAAGAGAUUCAAAAAGAAAUGACGAACUGUAUCUCAAUGAUAUUGCCAGGACCUCAUGUGUUUAUUGUUGUACUGAGUUUAGCACAACGCUUCACAAAAGAGGAGGGAGAAUCAGUGAAGAUCAUUCAAGAGAUUUUUGGUGAAAACUCUUUAAUGUACACCAUGAUACUCUUCACCAGAGGAGAUGAUCUUGAAUAUGAAACCAUUGAAGAGUUCCUGGGAACCCGCAAAUCUCCUUUAAUGAAUCUCAUUGAACAGUGUGGAAACAGAUAUCAUGUGUUUAAUAAUACUGAGACUGAAGAUCACACACAAGUUUCUGCUUUACUGGAGAAAAUAGACGACAUGGUGAAAGCAAAUGGAGGGAGUUACUACUCAUCUAAACAAUUCAGAGAAAUGGAGCAAGAAAAACAAAAACAUCAAAUUAAGAUGCUGAUAGAGAGAAUUGAACAACUGAGCAGAGAAGAAAAAGAGCAGAGAGAGAGAAUGAAGAAGAUGCUAGAGGAAGAAAGACACAAUCAUGAGAAAGAGAGGAAGAAAAGAGAAGAGGAAUUUAUAGAGAGAGAAGAAAGAUAUAAAAGAGAAAUGAAGCAAGACCGAGAGAUGCAAGAAGAGAUGAAAAGAAAAAGAUAUGAGAGAGAGAAACAAGAUGAAAGACUGAGAAAAGAAGAAGAAGAUCAGAAAAGAAAAGAGAAAGAACAAAUGAUGUUGGACCAAUAUGAGAAAAUAAAAAAAGAGAAAGAGAGAACAGAAAGAGAAAAAGAAGAUCUUCAGUUAAAACACAACACAGAGAUAGAGAGGAUGAAGAAGAUGAUGGAGAAAGAAAGACUAAAUCACCAGAGAGAGAAGAAAAACCAAAAAGAACAAUACAGAGAAACAAUUAAAGAAAUCGAGACAAAAACCCAGAAACAGAUUCAAGAUGAUGAAAGGAGGAGAGAGGAAGAAAAACUAAACUGGAGUGAAAAACAGAAGAUCCUUGAAGAAAAAAUCCAGAUUGAGAAACAUCUGAGAGAAGAAGAAAGUAAAAUUCAUGAAUAUAAAAUUCAUCUGAUUGAAAAACAGUGUGAAGAUAAACUCAUGAGAGUAAAAUCAGAGGAGUAUGAAGAAGACAGAAGAAGAGAAAUAGAGAGAAUUAAAAUUUGCUGCUCUCAAACAGACUCAAGUCAUCUGAUAAUUGAACCAAAGAUCAGCAAACAGCUUGAAAAACUCUUCAGUAGAUUAAAUUUAACAAACAGACAUCAAGAUAAACUGAGAACAGAAGAUUUUCUUAAAAUCACAAAGUCUUCAUUUCAGUCUCAUGAGCCACAGAAAGAAACUGAACUUGUAAACUCAUUCCUACAAAAAAUGUUGAUCAUGAACUACAGAGCAAGAGAAACUCACAUAAAACACAGAGAAGAUCAACAAACACCUGCAAACUACAACCCUGAAGUUGACUUUGAUAUUCAUGUGAUGGAUGUUCAGAUGGCUGUGUUUCAUUGUGCUGAUAGUUUCCUAAAGCAGCUGAUGGUCACUAAACUCUCACAGUGUCAGUUUGCUCUUCCUCUUCUUGUUCCUCAUCCAUUCACACAACAGAUUGAGUUUCCUCUCUGGACAUUCAGACAAAUCAACAAGAGCUGGAAGAUGAGAAAUAAUCACAAUGAGAUCAUCAGUAAAGUCCAGCCUGUGUUCAAGGCAGAAACUCCAAUGGUGUCGUUCUUCAGGUUUGGCUCUUUGUCUUCAUCUAAGUCUCAGCUGAUAAACAGUUUGAUCAAUGAGAAACACAACACGUUCUUCCACAGAAACUGCUCAGGAAGCAGCAGAACCAGACUACUGAUGGAUGGAGUGGUGGAGAUCGCCUGGUACUGUCCAUCUGGAAAAAACACAGAUACAUUUACUGACUGUGUUGCCUUCUGUAAUCUUCAUGGUGAUGCAGAAGACAAUGAGAAACAAUAUGAGAUUUUAACCAGUAUGUCUUCAGUCAAUGUCCUCUUCUUAUCUGAUUUUGGACAGAAGAACCAAUAUAAGAGUUUAGUGAAGUCACUUUUCAGAUCUCCUCAACCUCUUAUUUGUCUCCUCACAGACAAUGACUGUGAUAAAACUAAACUGACAGAUGGAAAAUUCAUCUUUGGUCUUUUGAACAAAAAUCAAUCUGAUCUAUCUAAUGAGAUAAGAGAGACAAUCAGAUUGAGUUUGAAAGAACACAAGAAGACUUUUAAACUGGAAGAUGUGAAACACACAGGAAUUCAAGUAGAUGAGAAUAAUGAAGAGUGUCAGAGAGGAAAAGAUGUGGCGCUUCAGAUGAUGAGAUCACUGGAUGAUGAAAAUAUAUCAACAGUUAAAGAAACAAAUCUGCCCUGUCAGGGGAAACUGUGGCAUGACUGGUGUAAAAUAAACAAAGAGCUUCGUCAUCUAAGUGGAGAAAAUCUAGAAAAAGAUAAAAGUGCCAAACUGAGUCUCAUGAAAGAAAUAAGAGAAAAACAAAUGGCACAAGAAUCAACAGAGUUUAUGAGGAUAUUUUUUAAUAAAAUGCAUUCACUGAAAACCCCUGAAAAAAAGUAUUUUCUGAAAUGGGUGAUAAAUCUGUUGGAUGAGUUCACUUCUGAAAAGCUUUGUGAACUUCGUGAUGAGUAUGAUGUCAAAUGGAAAGGAAUUUCUGCUUUGAAAAAGUUGCCCAAUAAACAAGACCAACUGAAAAAUGAGCAAACAGAUCUUGAGAAAAUAUCAAAACAAAUUGAUAAAACAACCUUUGGCUUGGAGCAUUUUGUUAGAGAGCUUGGUCAGAUCUAUGAAUCAUGGUCAUCUGUAAAGAUAAACAAUUUCUCUGAUCUCCCGAGUCUUGCAGCAGAGAUGAUGAUAUCUGGAUUUCCACUGGAGCUGAUGGAUGGAGAUGCUGCUCAUGUUCCUCUCAUCUGGAUUAAAGCUGUUUUAGAUCAACUCAUCCAGAAUCUGGGAGAUCAGAGAGUUUUUGUGCUGUCAGUUUUAGGGAUUCAGAGCUCUGGUAAAUCCACUUUACUCAAUGCCAUGUUUGGUCUUCAGUUUUCUGUCAGUGCUGGCCGAUGCACCAGAGGAGCUUUCAUGCAGCUGAUCAGAGUAUCAGAGGAGAUGAAACAACAGCUGAAGUUUGAUUAUAUUCUGGUUGUUGAUACUGAGGGUCUUCGUGCACCAGAACUGGAUGGAAGAUCAACAAGAAAGCAUGAUAAUGAAUUGGCCACAUUUGUUGUUGGAAUUGGAAAUCUGACAUUGAUCAACAUCUUUGGAGAAAACCCAUCUGACAUGCAGGAAAUUCUCCAGAUUGUUGUCCAGGCCUUCAUGAGGAUGAAGGAGGUGAGUCUGAAUCCCAGCUGUAUGUUUGUACAUCAGAACGUUUCAGACGUCACAGCUGGAGAGAAAAACAUGGAGGGAAGAAGACGACUGCAGAGGACACUGGAUGAGAUGACAAAACUCGCUGCUAAAGAAGAAGUCAGUGAUGCAGAAUAUUUCAGUGAUGUCAUUGCAUUUGAUGUACAGAAAGAUGUGAAAUAUUUUUCACAGCUGUGGGAGGGAAGCCCACCGAUGGCGCCACCAAACCCAAACUACUGUGAGAAUGUUCUGGAUCUGAAAGAAUCUAUUUUAACACACGCUUCAAAAUCAAAUGGCAUAAUGCUGUCACACCUAAGAGGACGUAUUGAAGAUCUCUGGGAGGCUUUGCUGAAUGAACAGUUUGUGUUCAGCUUCAGAAAUUCACUGGAAAUCUCAACUUACAGGAGAAUAGAGACAGAAUACAGCAAGUGGAGCUGGAGUCUUCGAAGUGCAAUGCUGGAAAUUGAAAACAAACUGCACAACAGAAUAGAAAAUGAAGCAGUUUGUGAAGUUGAGGAAACUGAUCUACAAAGAGAACUUAAUGAAAAAAGUAAAAAAGUGAAAAAGUCAAUGUCUGAAUUCUUUGAGAAAGACAGAGAUGCAAGAAUACUGAAUCAGUGGAAAACUUCAUUUGAAAUAAAAAUCAAAGAGCUUCAGGAAAACAUUGUGAGGGAGACAAAGAAGAAAUUAAAUCAGGUUCUUCAGCAGCGAGAGAUGAAGAAAAAGAUUGAUGCUCAGAGGACACAACAUGAAAACAGUCUGUUUGAAAAAAGCAAAGAACUUGCCAUGAAACUGAAAGACAAAGCAAAUGAUGAAAAUAUCAUGAAAAAAGAGUUUGAUUCCUUUUGGAAAGAGCAGAUGGAUGAAAUCAUCAGAAACACUCCUCCAGUUAAAAACAUCAACAUAUUAAAAGAUGUGACAGAUCUCCUCAGAAACAUCUAUGGAUGUCUCUCUGUAGACCAUAAGAAAAUCAGCAGUGAGUACAUUAAUAUGUUCUGUGUACCAAGCUAUUCAGAUUAUGUACAGUUAAAGAAAUCCAGUGGAGUUAUUGGAUCUUUAAAAAAUGUCUACAAAGGAGCUAAAGAGAAACUUGGCUAUGCUUUAUCUCCAGAGGAUGAAGUUCAGAUAAGAACUUUAAUCAAUGAAAUUGCCAAUCAGACAGAUAAAAUGAUUCAGUCAUAUAACAUUGCAAAGAUGGGCUACAACAUUAUCCAUAUUCAACAACUCAUAGAUUACAUAAAGAAAACAAAAUCAGAUCAUGAAGGAAAGCCAAAUGUGAAAUAUGUGUUCAAGAGGGAAUUCUUCAGGGAUUUGGUAGUUUGCAUUUGUCAGAAAGCAAACAAGACAUUUAAUGAUCAACACAGAUUAUACAGAGAAGCAAAUGAUCCUGUUCUGUAUUUUAAAAGGAAGAAAGAAGAGUACUACAAGAAUUUCCAGAAAUACUUUCAAGGAGCAACAUCAGCUACCAUUACUGCUGAAUUUAUUUGUAAUAAACUUAAAGAGACCAUUGAGCUGAAUGUCUACAAGAAAACAUCCAUAGAUUUAGCAGAUGAAAUAAAGACAAACUGUGAAUCACUGAAUGGAAACAGAUCAAAUCUGGAGAAACACAUCCUGAAGACACUGGCAAUCAAUGAGGACUUUAAAGCAUACAUGGAGUACAUUAAAAAUCCUAAACUUUACUUUAAAGAUUUCAUCAGAGGUGAAGUCAGUCAGUACAUCACUGAAAGAUUUCAUGAUAGUGUUAAACCUAAGAUGGUGAAUAACAUUACCCAGCUGGAGAAGAAGAUCUUAAAUGCAGCACAAGAGUCCACCAAACACAUUCAAGAGAUCAAUGGAGAUCUUCAUUCAUGGUUGACUCAUUUCACAUAUCUGCUGUCUGAUGUUCUGGUUUUCUCUGUAAGUGAUCUCACUGGAGUGAAUAUUGGUGAUGUUGAUACAACUGUCCUAGAAGGUGUGAUAGUAAAAAAGACUCCUUCUGUAAUAUCUGACAUCUGCAGUAAAUUUACUAAAGAAACAUUUCUACUGAAGCUGAACUACACAGAUAGACCAGAUGAGCUUCUGAUUGAUCAUUUCUGUCGGUGUUGUUGGGUUCAGUGUCCUUUCUGUGCUGCCAUCUGCACCAACGCCAUAGAAAACCAUGAUGAAGAUCACAGUGUCCCUUUCCAUCAUAAUCUUGGGCUAAAUGGGUGGCAUUACAGAGGAACAACAAACCUGUCGAUCAACAUCUGUACAUCAGCAGUAGCCAGUGACCGAUCAUUUUGUCCAGGUCAAUCAGGUGUUAUGUGCCUGUGGAAGGAAUACAGAAAAGCAGGUCCUAAAUAUGCUAAGUGGAGCAUCACUCCUGAUCUCUCUGAGCUGCAGUACUGGAAAUGGUUUGUGUGCAAAUUUCAGAAGAAUCUGGAGGAGAAAUACAAGAAAACAUAUGAGGGGACCAGCACAAUUCCAGAGGAAUGGAGAAAAUACUCUAAAGAGGAAGCCAUUGAGAGUUUAGAUAAAUACAUUUAA